AUGGCAGUGCCCUACAAACACAACAAAGACUACCACUUCCUAUCUGACAAUACAACAACCAAACAGGAGCUGCAGCAACCCACCCCAAGCAUAGACCACCCAAGCCCACACAUGAACACACAGCAUUACACCAACACAAAUACAAGUGCAAAUACAAACACAAAUACAAAUACAAGUAUAAGCACGAGAAAGGUCUCUAAAACAAACAGUGGCGCAGUGGAUUGUCCCACCGAUCCCAUCGCACGCACUACACAGCAAAUGGGCAGGAGCCGAUUGGUGUCUACGUCAUCGGACGGCAGUCUGUCUCGGCCCACAUCUGUCAAUUCCAAACCAUUGCGAAGAAAUUCAAAGCGGAAG